AUGCCUGGAGAUACGCUCAAGUUACCGACGGACCAAUCGAGAAAUCGUACUCGUUCUCAGGGCAGCAUUAUAGCGUUGCUCGUUGUACAAAGAGAAUAUUUGCGAUCUAUUCAUCGCACGUGCAAUUCGGCUGUGAGGCUCACUGAAACGUCCGCCUCCAUUACAGUCUCGACGAAACUCCAAACGUUAACGCAGCUAUGGGCCAAAUGUCGAUGCAAUCACGAGGAGUUAACGGCAUAUUCGAUUGAUCCGGACGUCAGUGACUAUCUCAAAGGUACCGAAUUUGGUGACAUGGAGGAUCGAGUUCUUGAUGCGACGGACGCGCUCACCGCCUUGCAGAGCAACAUGCCUUCGACAUCGUCAAUUAGGAGGGACGCUGCCGACGCAUCGUCGACUUCGAGGUUCACCAGUCUCGAGCGCAUCCCUCUGCCGACCUUCAACGGAGAUCAGAAGGACUGGACCCACUUUCGAGACAUGUUUGACUCGAUGGUCGUCCGUGAGUCUGGACUGUCUAACGUACAGAAGUUUUAUUAUCUUAAAAGUUGUUUGACCGGUACGGCAUUGUCGUUGAUUAAAAAUUUACCGAUUACCGAUGCAAAUUUCGAAUCGGCUUGGAAAUUAAUUAAUGAUCAUUAUCAAGAUAUUCAAGUUUUGACUUUUUCUCUUAUAGUUCGGUUAUUAAAACUUAGGCCCGUAAGCGGCGAUAGUCCGGCCGCGUUAGAGACUCUAGUUAAUCAAACUCGCGAAAUACUUGUCUCUCUCGAAAACUUGAAUCAAUUAUCGUGGGAUUCCAUAUUAGUUGUUAUGACGCUUAUGCGUCUGGACCCGACGAUUCGAAAGAGUUGGGAAGAGAACAUCGGUAAAAGAGAAACAUUUCCAAAUUAUGACGAACUUGAGCAAUUUCUGAACGGUAAAAUACACGCUUUAAAUGUUGCGUCGAUUAAAAGCGGAGUCACAUGCCUGAACGACAAUGCCGUAACGAAAAAUUCAAAACAUAAAAACGGUGUUGACUCUAAGGUCACUUCGCACGUUGCGAACACCAAUACUUCUGUUUGUCAUUUGUGCUCCGCGGCUCAUAACAUAUCGAAGUGCGCGAAAUUCAAGGUCAUGUCUGCGAGCGAACGUUUAGAUUCCGCCCGAGCGGCGCAUUUAUGCUUUAAUUGUCUCGCUAAAGGUCAUUUUCCGCCGAGCUGUAAAAACAAACCGGGUUGCGAUAAGUGUAAGAAGCGGCAUCAUAAAAUGCUUCAUCAAGCAUUCUCACCGCGUACAUCGGAUCCCGAGUCAAUAAACAGUAACGCGGUUACUUCCGUUUCGAGUAACGAUCACGCGAAGUUAUCUAAUGUAACUUCCUGUCAUUCGGGAGUCGCCAAGUCAAAAACGUUAAGGCCGGUGUUAAUUGCGACAGCGUGGGUACACGUGCGUACGGCUGAAGGUCGUGAACUGCCAUUUCGCGCAGUCAUAGAUUCUGGCUCCGAGUGCUCGUUAAUAUCUGAAGCAGCUGCUCAAGCGUUACGCGUGCAAAGAAUUGCGUGCUCUGCUUCAAUUUCAGGUACUGGCGCCACCGUCUCCGGGGUCGUGAAGCACUCCACCCGCGUUGAGCUACGAUCACGAAAUAAGUCUCAGCUUGUAGUCGUGAUCGAGCCUCUUAUUUUAUCUCGGCUUUCUAAUUAUGUUCCGCGACGAUUUGUUAAGGCCUCUGAGUGGACCGGCGUCGGACAACUGACAUUGGCCGACCCCGACCCCUGCAGUGAUAAGCCGAUCGACUUAAUACUCGGUGCCGAUUGUUAUGACGAAAUAAUACUUCAGGAUCGGGUGAAGUUUCCCGGAGAGCCGUAUGCUAUUCAUUCGCGAUUCGGGUGGGUGCUGCGCGGUCCGGUGGACGACGGUCCUGUCAAUGUAUCGUCGUCGCAUACGACUAUUUCGUCAUUACACGUGACCCCUAAUACUGAUUUGACUCGUGCGAUCGAGCGCUUUUGGGAGGUUGAGGAGAUUCCUUCGCAGACCCAGUUAUCCGCUGAGGAUCAAUAUUGCGAGGACCUCUUCGUCGCGACUACUAAUCGUGAUACGUCAGGAAGGUACAAUGUCGCGUUGCCGUUUAAGGGGAAUCUUCCAAUUGAUAUUGGGGAUUCUCACAAAAAUUCGCUCCGUAUGCAUGCGACUUUGGAGCGUCGUUUGAAAAAGGAUCGACAGUUAGCUGUCGAAUAUAAUGAUUUCUUAAAUGAAUAUUUAAGAUUAGGACAUAUGAGUCCGUAUACGCCCACGGAUGUCGAGGAGCAGCGAUGCUUUAUACCGCACCAUCCGGUAUUAAAGCCAAGUAGCACUUCGACGAAGGUAAGGGUUGUAUUUAACGCGUCUGCGCGCACUGGCAAUGGAAAGUCUCUCAACGACUGCCUCCUUAUUGGACCAAAAUUGCAGACUGAUCUAUGUGCCAUUUUGUUACGUUGGCGCUGGCACCGGUUUGUGUGUGCCGCCGAUAUUGCGAAGAUGUUUCGGCAAAUUCGCGUGCACGAUGAUCAUACGCGUUUUCAAUUAAUUCUCUGGAGGCAAUCGGAGAAAGACGCGGUAAUUCCGUAUCGGUUACGGACGGUAACUUACGGCACCGCUCCUGCGCCCUUUUUAGCAUUGCGCGUCUUGCGGCAGUUAGCAGAGGACGAGAAGCAUCGUUUCCCUCUGGCUGCGCAUAACGUCAUAUUCAAUUCAUAUGUUGACGAUAUAUUUUUUGGCGCGUCGGAGAUAGAAGAAUGUCGCGAGAUUCGAGAGCAGAUGAUAGGACUGACCAACGCGGGCGGGUUUCCUCUACACAAAUGGAGUUCCAAUUGUCCGGAUUUAAUCUCCGAUUUAUCCGAAACGAUUCGCGAUCCUGCACAAAACGUAGAUUUUAAAGAGGAUGAUCAAUUAAAAAUCCUUGGCAUAUAUUGGGCACCAUUGGAGGAUGCUUUUAGUUUUCGUAUUUGUGCAGAAGUUCCGUCGCAUAUAACAAAACGCACCUUUCUCUCGUAUAUAUCGAGAAUCUACGAUCCAUUAGGUUGGUUGUCGCCUGUCAUUAUUAUCGGUAAGAUCCUUAUUCAACAAUUGUGGCUGUCUAGGAUCGACUGGGACACGACACUACCGUCGGACCUGAAUGAAAGGUGCAUCUCUUUUUGCCACGGACUCAUCUCGCUUGCUACUGUUUGUAUCCCGCGCUGGGUGCACUCCCGCGAGGACUCAAGUAUCGAGAUCCAUGGGUUCGCGGAUGCGUCCCAGGCCGCUUACGCAGCCGUGAUCUACCUUCGAGUGAUCCAUAAAUUCGAGCCACAAGUUUUCUUGCUAACAAGUAAGAGCAAGGUUGCUCCGUUGAAAACGGUCUCGGUUCCUCGUUUGGAGCUCUGUGCGGCCGAACUCUUAUCACGGCUCCUUGCUUGGACCAUUUCUGCGUUGAAUCUUGAGCAGGUCCCCAUUUACGCUUGGACGGAUUCCACCGUCGCAUUGGCCUGGCUUAGCAAGUCUCCGGCCACAUGGAAAGUAUUCGUGGCGAAUCGGGUGUCUCUCAUCCAAACGCAAUGUCCUCAGGCAAGUUGGCGUCAUGUUCCUACGCAGGACAACCCUGCGGACUUAGCUUCUCGUGGAGUCUCUCCGACUCAAUUGAUCAAAAAUCCACUAUGGUGGUACGGGCCCUCGUGGCUCUCCUGUGAGCCCCAAGAGUGGCCCUCUGUCGACUCUUCUGAUAGUCUGCCGACUUCUGACCUUGAGGCAGGGUCAGUCGUCACUCACGUCACCAAUGUCUCCGAGUGGGAUCUGUCCACUCGCUAUUCUGAUUGGAGCAAACUGCUCAAGAUAACUGCGUUAAUUUUACGCUUCGUGAAACUGACACGACGACAGCUUCCAUGUACGGAGCUUUUAUACACUACGCGGUUGAUGACGGAAGCCAAAAUCUUUUGGAUCAAGGUCAUACAGUCGUCGUUAUAUGCGACCGAACUUCAUUUAUUGCGAGCCGAGCAAAGAUUGCCACGUUCGAGUUCGCUACUUUCUUUGGAUCCGUUCAUUGAUGAUGACGGAAUUAUUCGUAUGGGAGGCAGAUUGAUGCACGCUCCAUUGACAUUCGCUCAGAAGCAUCCAGUAAUCCUGAGCCAAACUCCUCUGACGCGUAUAAUAGUGCGUGAUGCAUUAUUGUCUAUUGUCGCCGCGUAA